AUGGAAUCAACUGGCAAUAAAAAGCUUAAAAGGAAGUCUGAUGAUAUAGGAUGGGAAUAUGGACAAUUGGUGGAUCCAAAUAACUUAGAUAAAACUCAAUGUAAUUUAUGUGAAAAGGUUAUGUCUGGAGGAGUUUAUCGAUUGAAACAACAUAUUGCGGGCAUAACGGGAAAUGUGGCGGCUUGUCGAAAAACAACAAAAGAUGAUCAAGUGAGGGUUAAAAAUGCUCUUUUGGAGACCCAAAACAAAAAAAAGGCUAAGCAAGAUAGUGAUGAUUCUUUAAGAGCCGAGGUAGACAUUGAUAGUGAACCGAUUGACCUCGAUGAUUGUUUUGGAGAGUUGAAGCCACCUCGCUCAUUUGGUCCUAUGGAUAGAUUUCCAACUUCCCAAGGCAGCAAAGGAAAUGUUAAACAAAGUAAUCUUAGCAAUGUUGUUAAAAAAGAACAAAUGAUUCGUGUAAAAGAGUACGUUUGCCAGUGGGCGUAUGAAUCCGCAAUUCCAUUUCAUGCCUUUGAGAGGGAUAGCUUUAAAACAAUGGUGGAGGCGAUUGGUCAAUUUGGUCCUAGUUUCAUGCCUCCUAAUAGAUAUGAGAUGGGAAAUACUUUCUUAAAAAAACGAGUCGAAAAGACUAAAAAUUUAUUGAAAAAGUACCAGGAAGAAUGGAAAUAUAUAGGGUGCUCCAUUAUGACCGAUGCGUGGUCCGAUAGAACAAGAAGAAGCAUCAUGAACUUGUGUGUCAAUUCCAAGUUAGGUACUAUUUUUUUGUCUUCUAAAGAAUGUUCGGAUGAAUCGCACACAAGUCAAAACAUAUUUGAGUAUGUGGAUAAAUGCAUUGAAGAAGUUGGUCCUGAAAAUGUGGUUCAAGUUGUGACCGAUAACGCAUCAAAUAAUAUGGGUGCGUCAAAAUUGAUGAAGGAGAAAAGACCAACAAUCUUUUGGACGUCUUGCGCGACUCAUACUAUAAAUCUCAUGCUUGAAGCUAUCGGUGGAUUAGAAAGGUAUAAGAAAAUUAUCAAUCAAGCCAAAAAACUAACUGUGUUUAUCUAUUCUCACCACAAAACGUUGGCUAUGAUGAGAAAGUAUACAAAGAAAAGGAAUAUAGUGAGACCGGGAGUUACAAGGUUUGCUUCAGCAUUUCUUACCUUACAAAGUUUGUCCGAAAAAAAAAGUCAACUUAGGCAUAUGUUUUCAAGUAAUGAAUGGGAGAUGUGUAAGUUUGCUAAAUUGCCAAAAGGGGAAGCUGCUUAUGAAAUAGUUGUAUCUCCGUUAUUUUGGAAGGGUGUGACAACAUGUUUGAAAGUUUUUGCACCAUUAGUCAAAGUCCUUCGAAUUGUUGAUGCGGAUUGGAAGCCUUCAAUGGGUUUUAUAUAUGGUGAGCUUCAAAAGGCAAAAAAAGAAAUUAUCAAGGCUUUAAAUGAUAACAAAAAUGCAUACGAGCCUAUUAUGGAUAUUAUCUCAAAAAAGUCAUCCAAAAGGCUUGAUACUUGUCUACAUUUGGCAGCCUACAUUUUAAACCCAUGUUAUUUUUAUAAUAAUCCGGAGGCCCGAGAUGAUUUAGAUGCUAAUGAUGCGGUAGUUGAACUUGUUGGAGUUUUAUUUCCAAAAGAUUAUGAUAUGCAAAACAAAAUUUUGGGGGUUGAGUUGCCAAUCUACAAGCGUAAGCAAGGAAAGUUUGAGCGUCCAGUCGCUCUCAAAGCAUGUGCGGUCAACGACGAGAACUUUGAUCCGGCAAACUGGUGGGAAACACAUGGUAACUCAACUCCAAAUCUAAAAAAGAUUGCUAUGAGGAUACUUUCAUUGACUACUAGUUCGUCGGGAUGUGAAAGAAAUUGGAGCAUGUUUGAGGGGGUACAUACAAAAAAGAGAAAUAGACUCAUGGCGAGUAAAAUGAAUGAUCUUGUUUUUGUACAAUUUAAUUCUAAUUUGAUGGAGAAAAACAAGAAAAGAAGGUUGAGAAAUCGUGAAUCACUUAAAGCCGAUGAUGAUAAUGAGGCUAAAGAAUGGAUUGUUGAUGUAGAUGAUGAUGAAGAAGAAGAAGAAGUUGAGCCGGGGCAAACUUCAAAGGCAGUUGAUGAUGACACGGGUGUUAAUGAAAUAUCAGGUAAUCGAAAAAGUGCUAGGAUAAGUGCUAAGAAAAGUGGAUCGAGACAACUUUAUGACGAAGAUUUUAUAUCAGAUGAGGAAGUAGAUGAGGAGGUUGAAUAUGAGUCGGAUGGUGUUGAAAUCAUUGAGCACUACGGGGAAGACGAUGAGGAUCUUGGAAAUAUUUGA